GCAGGGAGUAUCCAUGGUGUCAGCUGAUAUGGGACUGGUCAGCAUGGUACGACAGGGCAUCUUGGCUCUUCAGUUGCUGCCACCAAACUCCAGUGCUGGUAUUAUUAUAAUCACAGAUGGAGUGACGAGUGUUCCUGAUGUAGCAGUGUGUGAAACCUUGCUGAACCAGCUCAGGAGUGGAACCAUUGCCUGCUCCUUUGUGCAGGUGGGUGGAGCUUACUCCUAUGACUGCAGCUUUGGUUACAUCCCCAACGUGGAGCUCAUGAAGUUCAUCUCACUAGCCACCUUUGGCUCAUAUCUGCCCAGCUGUCCUGAACUGGACUUGGACAGCCAAGAGAUGAAUGCCUACCACAAGGCCUUCUUAACCUACUCCUUCCUCAAGACCCCCGAGUCCAUGAACUCAGAGUACUUCUGUGUUUCCCAGCACAAGCUGUUCAAUGAGCACCUGGUGUCAGCCAGUGGUAACCCAGCCCUGGUCAUGAGGAGGAAGAAACACACAGAGAAGGAAGUCCACGCUCAUUUAAUCAGCGUGGUGUCUGUACGACUGAGAGAGGGCUACACCAUCAGAGAGAUCAGCCUCACCAAAGGUGGGACUCAGCUGGAGGUGAAGCUGGUGUUGCUAUGGAAACACAACAUGCAUAUCGAGUACCUUGCAGCAGCUUCCUGGCCGCUGGACCUGGCCAAACGAACCACCAGGGUGGAGGUGACCAUGGAGGGAAGCUACGACAUCCUGCACGACAUCAGCUGCACCCAGAGGAAACCCAUCACCAGCCCGUACCGCACCUCCGUCAUCCGCCGCUUCUGGAACACACUACAGAGUAUCAACCAGACUGAUCAGAUGUUGGUGCACCUCCAGUCGUUCAAUUCAAUUCCUGAGAACUACAUGAUUCCUGAGAGCACCAAAAAUGGAGUUCCUCUGUUCUACAUCCCUCCUGGCUCUACUACACCGGUUCUGUCCUUGCAGCACAGCGGAUCCAAAGACUCUUCUCAGUCCCAGUUCGCCUCCUACUGGAAGCCCAUCCUCUCAAUGGACGCCAACUUCUGGCAGAGAUGGCUGCACAUGCACCGCAUCGCCAUCAUCCUGGAGCAUGACAUGCCUGUGCCAAAACAUCUGCACACAGCUGGAAACAAUGGACGCUACAGCACCAUCCAGUGUCGCAUCUCACACUCUGCUCUCACAUCUCUGCUGAGGGACUGGAGCAGCUUCGUGCUAGUGGAGGGUUACUCCUAUGUAAAACUCAUAUACAGUUCUUCUGACCAGCCACCCACAUCCUUCUACCUGGUCCGUCUCAUCUCAAAGACGCCCUGCAUGGUGCUGCGUCUGGGUUUCCCCAUUGGAACACCAGCCCAUGUUAGAAACAAGAUUGUGGAUGAGCUAAGAGAACAGAUCCUCAAACUUCGCUUCCCUCACCGCGUUCAAAACAAAGAGGCCACCCCCAAGACCAAGAGGAAGGUUGUUGGACAUCCAUCACCAUCCAAAUCUCCCUCCAUCCCUGCUCCCAAACCUGCUCUGUCUGACAGACCCUGUGUGGUGGUGCUCAACAAGCCUCUGGAGAAGCUGCUCAUAAGGUAUGAGAAGCUGCCGCUGGACUUCAGGACUCCCUUCAUCUUCAACAUGGAGAACUUUCCGCAGCCUUCCAACAGCGCGGUGCCCCUCAGCAUGGCAGCCAAUCGCACCGCCUCAUCCACCCUGGCCUCCCUGUCCCGUUACUUCCUGCACCAGCGCUGGGUGUGGGCCGUGCAGAGCAGCCAAGGCCCUGCUGUGGCCAUGCAGGCUGUGGCUCACAUCCUGUCCAUGCUGUCUGAGAUCCGCAUAUCAGAGGGCUUUCACUUUGCCGCUAGUGGAGAGGGCAUCGUCAACAUGGUGAUAGAGCUGCCCAUGAAGGGCAUCUCGGCCGACACAGACAGAGAGAGUCACUCUUGCAUCGUUCAGUACAUCCUGUUCCCUCCUCACUCCACCUCCACUAAAGACAGCUUCUCCACCGACGAUGACAACGACACAGAGGUGGAGGCUGUGGACAUGGACACAGAGCUCAACCUUGUGACGGAGUGCUGGGUGGAACCACAAAGCGGCACGGUGAUGAACUGCAUGGACCAGCACCGCCACUUCCAGGGCCUCAAGUACCAGGAGAUCCCUCAAGCUAUCUUCCCCAGAGAUUUGACCUGUAUGUCCACUAUGAUGACCUUUGAGUAUCUGAGCCAGCUGUGUCAGAAUAAGGAUCAGGUCUGUGCUCUGCCAGCUGGACUCAAAGAUGUCAGAGGAGAAGCCUUGUCUUCUGAGGACAGCAUUCAUAUGGUUCCCUUCCAGUUUGAUCUCAUCCAGCUGCUCCCAAAAUGCCAGCAGGUUGAACUCUUCUUCCUCACAUUCAAUACAGCGAUGGAGAAUGAGGAACAGCUCCACAGCUCCCCCUGUCUGCCCAAUGAGCUGCUGCUCAGCCUCUUCCACAGCAACCUAGAGCACGAGCUCAAUGACAGAGAGAUCCCAUUGGCUGACAGCGACCACAUCGCAUUCAUGCACCACAUCUUACAGCGAGAUCGGGAGGGCCACAUCGCUCCUUUCUCCUUACCUGUUAUUAAAGAGGAGUGUGUGAAGCCUCCAGACAGACAGGACACUAUGACAUCAUUCCACACCACUGGCAGCAGUAAAGAGGUGAUGGGAUCCACCAGCACUUUACAGAGUUUCAGUAAUGCAGACCUUGUGGAUGAAGAGCCUUUGCUGGGGGAGAGGAGUUGCUCUUUGCCACAGUGGAGGUGUUAUGCCAGAUACAUCAGUUCCCAGCAGAUCCUCCUCACCUUCCUCCCUGCUACCUUUACAGAUGUUAUGAUGUUGAUGGCCUCAGGGUUGGAAGCAGAGCCUCAAAGUAACGUCAGCACACAGGAGGAUGAUACUCUGACUCCUAGCAACAAGUCACAAGCUGACUCCCUGUCCGGCUCCACCAGCGGACUGGAGAGGUCUGAGUCAGGCCACAGUCUGGCUAAUAAGAUGCAAAGGAGCUCUAGCAGUGGACACUUCACUGCCAGGUCCCCUUUGCUCUCACCAAGGGCUGAGGGUCAGACUGGGCCUGCUGACUCUCUGACUCCAGACCAGGACAGCUGGGAUAGCAGGGUGUCUGAGACAGAAACCGGGACACCAGGCUCAGACCUGGGUGAGAAAGAGGGAGUCCAGUUCUCUGAACCACACAAGGCCGAUUUCCACCUCAGCUUCAGCAGGCAGGUCUCCCAGCAGAGCACCAGUGACAGCAGCCAGUUUAAGUGUCCAGUCUACGUCUACAACUGCUCCCUGGAGCACCUGAAGGAGCAACUGGUACACCCCAGCUCUAGCCGCCAACCCAGGGACGUCUUCUUCAGGUCACUUUCUCAGGAGCGCAGCAGUCCCUCCCCUUGGACCGACCUGCUGGCUCAGCCUCACAAACACAAGGAUCUGGCUAACUACUGCAGCCUGCUGCAGGAGCAUUACCACCAGAGCUAUGUCAAAGGUGUGUACCGGAGCCUGCAGCAGUCCUACAACAUCAGCUCCCAAGAUGUCCUGAUGGCCAUGGACUACUGUGAAGAAUCCCUGCAGGAGAUCGACAUCACCUCCUUCCUGCAGACCCUCUGCGGACACAUCAGGGUUUUCAGAGAGCAUGGUGAGCCUCAAGGAUGGGGAGGCAAUCCAAAAACUUCAAGGAGCCUUGCCACCUUCAUCAUCGGAGAGGCUGAGGAAGACCAACCUGAUGACAGGCCUGCCAUGGCCUCCUCGUCCAGUAUUGAUAUGGAAGAUACGAGUGAAGCCGAAUCUAGAGGGAAGUCCUCUGCUCCUACAUCCCCACUGGUCCUGGAUGAGUGCAAGACUGCUAAGAUCCCAGAAUUCCCUCUGACUCUACUCAGAACUGAGCCCAAGUGUGAAGUAUAUCCUGACGUGCACAAAAUAAUCCAGGAUAAAUUCAUGGAGAUUGUGUCUCAGUAUUUCAAAACUGUGCCCUCCAAUCCACAUUACUUCUUCUACUGCCCACCGUCAUCCAAGAGAGAAGAGGACUCAGAGGAUGGUGAGAUGGAGAGGAGACAAAGUGAGGAGCUGGUGUCAGAAGCUGAACCAGCUACUGAAGACGAACAUGUGUCAGGGUGCUGCAUCAUGACGGAGAGCGACACUGAUUUGGUGGUGGAGUAUGAGGAACAUCCAGGCACCAGGUCUCAGGGGGAAGGGGAAGACCAGUCCCUGUCAGACUCCAACACUGUCAACCAGGACCAGGACUCUUUCAGCAUCCUGGACGGAGACUCCCUGCUGGAGCAGGAGGGUCCACAGCUGGACAUGCCACCCCUCUUUGUUCAUGUCACUUGUUCUGUCAAUAUGAAAAGCUGCCACGGCUCCAUGCCCAUACAAACACUGCCUACCUGCCUUGGUGAGAUUAUUUCCUGCCUGGAGAACGCUGAGACCUUACAGGCUGUGGAUCUGAAUGAGCUCUCAGUUACAUUAGAUAUUUUUGUCCUGACAUUACCUCUGGAGAUUGAAGUCAUGGCUGAUUUCCAUCACAACAGGUACACAUCAGAGAGCAGUGUGUCUCUGAAUCGUUCACCAGGACAGCCCUCCUCUUACAGGUCUGAUGAGGAGAUGAUGGCAGUGUUGGACAGUUUGAGGGGAGGUGAUGUUGACGGGGUUUCUGGUGAACCCUUGUCCAAACUACCAAUUCCUCACAAGUUAGCAAUUCUGGCCACAAUGGACGAGAUCCGCUGGCUGCUGGAGGAUGAGAUUGUUUCUGCCCUGCGCCACUCUCGGGUCAUCAGCUCGGCCACACUGCUCAAAGUAGCAGAGCAUGUUUUGCGCUCCAGUGGUCGACCGCACUGUCACUGUGAAGAUGUCCCACUGCAGUUUGUCUUCGGGCCCGAGCAGUCUCUGGAAAAAUUCAAAGAGGAGUUCCGCAGGAUGGCGUUCUCAGGCUACGUGCUGAACGGAGAACAGGACGGUUUCUACUACAUGUCUUUGAGCAGACUGCACCCUCAGAGGAUCCACGCUACGGAGAGGCUGUCAGAGAGCACCGCCGCACACCCCCAACCACACAUCAACCCUUGCAGCGAUGGAGUGCAGGUGGAGGAAGCUGUGCUGGAGAGUGAAGCAGAGACUCAGCCCACAAAGGCAGAGGGAGAGCUGCAGGCUGAGGAGAUGUCCAUCAGUGUUGUCGCUGACACCCCCACUGAUGCGCCCGCAGAGCUCAGCGAGCCAAUCAGAGCCAUGAAGCCUGAGGCAGAAGACAGCGGCUCCCAGAGCUCAGUCAGCAUGGUGGGAGUAACAACACAACCCAGUACUCCUCAGCUCCACACAGAGCGCAGCACAGAACCUAGUUCACCCCCCAAAACCCCGUCCAGCGUCAGCCUGGCUGAGUCCAUGCAGUCAGCCAGUCACAGCUGUAGCAAGCUCAGGCCCAGUCGAGUACAGAGUGUCGUCUCUAGCCAAGGCAGCCUGGACUCAGACAUGCAGGGUUAUGAUGGUGGCAGCAGUGACUCUGAGUGUGAAAGCCCCACCAUGGAUGAGCAGGAGUGUCAGUCCCCACUGAUGCCAGACUUCUGGUUGAUUAUUAAGAUCCACCAGGACAGAGUGAAGGUCUACUCCCAUUCUAGGAGUUUCACAGAAGGAAAAGAGGUGAGUGCUGAGGAGUUGGAAAAGAAGGAAGAAGAGCAAGAGCUGCCUGAAUACAUACAACUACAUCAGAUGGUUGUCAGGAAGAUCGGGGAAAUCUGCAGAAUUGUCAAUCAGCGUAUGCUGCUGCAGGACCUGCAUGACAGCCAUGUGUGUAACUCUCUGCUGGUGGCUGAGAGCGAGGAAGACAUCUGGAAGAACGAGUCUCUGUACAGGCAGAAGCUCAAUACCUCCGAUGAUUAUAACACAGAGGAGAGCUACCAGGCCAGAGACUACCUGGCAGCCACCAUGCAGUUCAUCCCAGGACAUUUUGCCUGUGAUGUGGUGUGGAGCACAAUCAUCCACAUUCACCCACGCCUCAAGAUGGGACCCAACAUGGGGGUGUCCAGAGCAAUCCAGGCUCUGCGCUCUGUGCUCAACUCUUUCUGCGUGGUGAACAGGAAGAACAUGUUUGUCUACCAGGAGCGGACGACUAAAUCAGUUUUCUACCUCAGACUUUGUGAAACAUCACUGACAGGGAAAUACUCUGACAUGGAUGGAAACCUCCACGUGACUCGCUCCAUUGCACUCACCAGAAGUCAAGAGCCCCUCUCUUCUGAGGACCUCAUGGGCUCCAGGUCUUCUCUAGAGGGCUCUCGGCCCGUUGGACAAGUGGAUAAACACAUCCUGCUGCUGGUGCACGGAGUGGGAAAUGCUGGUCCAGAGAUCACGGACGAGUUGGUCAAGGUGCUGCGCAAGCGUCUGGAUGAGACCACCUUGGACAUCAUCACUGUCAUGCUCGUCAGGAACUGUAAGCUGACACCGGCUGAUGUGGAGUUCAUCCAGCCAUCAGGCACUCAAGCCACCGAGGUGAUGAACUUCAGCCUUCCUCGCUACUGUUUUCCCUGGCUGCCUGCUGUGGCUCACUACCUCAGGCAGAACCUCCUCAUCUUCCUCCAUGUGCCCAAGUACACUGACAGUAACACAGCACACCACUUCAAGCACUACUUUCAUUUGAGCAGUGACUUGGCUGAUGGUGAUAUCUACCUCUACAAUAAACCUGGAGGCCAAGGGACGGGAGGCAAAGGUAUCGCCUGCAUCGCCCUUUCAUUCAUGGAUGCCAGCGGUCGGCCCCUUCCGGUCCCAGCCCAGGAUUACACCACACUGCCCAGAUCAGAGAGCUCCGCCGUCGCCCUUCAUCCAGACCAUUUUGAUGAGCUGACCACUGUAGUUAAAGUGGACUCCUUCAAUGCCAGCUCAAAUACAGAGCCACAGCUGUAUGUGCGGUUUGACAUCUGGGAGCAAGGCAACGUCAGCCCCUUACAACUGAGUGAUAAUCUGCAGGGGGCGCUCCGCCAUGCGCUCUGUGACGUUGUCAUGGAGCUCAGAGUGUUACCCAAUCCCCUUUGUCUAGGAGUAACCCACACAACCAAAUCUCAGAAAGAAGAAGCUAAAGGUCUGCUGAUUCCUUUACCUGAAGUGAAAGAGGUGAAGGAUAGUCCUAGGCAGCGCAGUGGCUCACGGGUGUUUAAAUCCAGCCCUUCACCCAUCACCUUAACCCAGUCUGCAGGAAGCACCCCUAUGGCAGGGACCAGCACACCUGAGUCCACCACACCCACUGGAAGGAGCACCCGCCGGAGUUUCUGGGACAUACUGAGUAAGCCAGACUCCUCAGAGCUCGGGAGCCCAAAAACAACCGAUGACAUUGUACAAGAAAAAGGAGAGGAGGGCCGAGCGGCGCGACGAAGACACAAGACAGAGAGCGUGAAGCAACAGUGGAGCCAGGAGAAAGCUAUGGCUGUGGAGCUGGAGCAGGCCCAGAGGAGGCAGGUGUCUCAGCUGGAGGAGGGAGAUACAGGCACUCUGCACCACGUCUAUCAGGUUACCUUCCAGCCGUGGAUCACAUUCAUGGCUAAACUUGGCUGCUCCUCCAUUCAGCAGUGCACAGCUGAGAUUGCUUCUCACUUCCUGCUGCCUUCCAUCUUGGCAGAGAUUGUCAACUUGGUCAGUUCUCUGGCCAGUGAUACAACAGUGAAAGCAUUUGAAAAGACAAGAUGCCCCCCAUCUGGAAAGGUCUUUGUUCCGUUCCCUCUUGCUCAGAACCUCAGCCAGCCUCCUGAUGCUACAAGGAGCUUCAUUCUCAUUGGACGGAACUUCCACCAGUGGCACUGUAGCACAGAACAAGACAGUUCAGAUGAGGAAAACACGCCAGUGCUAAAUAGGUUCACACCUCAUAAGGGCUUCCAGCGCUUCGAGGCUCUGGAGCAGAGUGAUUGGGUCAGUCCCAGCCAGGCCGGGGCAGGGCUGGCUCCCCGCCAGAGGUUCCUCUUCAUCAGCAUCCUGGACAAAAAGGUGAAUCUGUACAGCUAUAACUGGUCCGUGGAUCUGGGUGCCUCUCUGAACCGCGAGCUGGUCCGCCUUGUUAAGUGGCAGAAUGCGAGGGCUCACGUCGUCCACUGCCUGCUCAGCCAGAAGAUGGGCCUCUUCCAUCACCACUGCUUCUCUGAUGCACCCAUCCACGAAAUGGACUCCAAGCAGGACCCCAACCCGUUCCUCAGCCCCUCCAUGGAGCCUGACGCUCUGCUUCGUAGCGCAGUCCCUCCUCUGCCCAGUAAAGAGCAGGGGAGGCUGGGCAGCUCCGUCCGAAGCCUGGCUCCACUCCACUUCCCCUCUGAACUGCUGCCUUUUGACGAGGCUCUGAGGGACGUCUGCACCAUCCGACCCCUGAUGGAGGGGGAUGUGGUGGCCCGGCAUGGAGGCCAGCUCUUGGAGAUCAAAGCAGCUGAGCGGAGAGAACUGGAGAAACAGAUGAAGAUAGAGAACUUGUUUGUGACGUGGCAGCAGAGGUCUGCACAGUCCAACAUGCCCAUCUCACUGGCAGAUUUGGAGACCCUGAAGCAUUCGUCCAGGCUGGUCCACUACUGUGCCACCCCGCUCCUAUUUGACCCCGUCUUCCGCAAGCAGAUCCAAGAGGAGCUGAUAGUCCAGCCUCCAGUGAAGAAACGGCAUCGCUCCAGCGACUCCACAGCAUCGGGUCGGGACCGGAGCUACAGCACAGACUCUGCUGACAUGCUGCCCAGCCGGCUGAAGGAGGAACCCUGGCUGCUGGAGAUUUCUAGCACUUUCCUCCAGCAGUAUGUGCAGUACCUGCAGAGCAUGGGCUUCAUUCUGGUCCAGGUCCGGCCUCAGUCCCCGGCUCGCAGCACUGCCCGAGCUCGUGCUGCCAUGCUGAGCUCCAUGUCAUCUGAAGGGAGAAUGUCUUUUUCUUAUGUGAAGCAGAAGAGCGAGGACAGCCCUAAGACUACAGCAUCUGGCACCACAGCGUAUCACCUGCAGAGGGCGCUGCCAGGAGGCAUCGUGUUGAUGGAACUGGCUUUUCAGGGGUGUUACUUCUGUGUGAAGCAGUACGCACUGGAGUGUUCCCGCAUCCCCAUGGGCCAGACCGUCAACUCCCAGGGCAGCCUCCUCACCAAACCUCGUUGCAAGCCGUUUCCAGAUGCCACCCAAGUAUCUGACUGUGCGCUCUCCAUGCUCUUCACUGAAGAAUGUGAUAAGGUGAGGGACCUGAUGCACGUUCACUCCUUCAGCUACGACUUCCACCUAAGAGUGGUUCAUCAGUACUUGGUGGGCUGCCACAUGACGCUGCGACAGGGCUACCAGCUCACCGACUUCCUGGACGACUUCAUCUCUCAUCAUCCAGAUAUUCCCAAGUUUGGUCGUAACCACGUCUUCCAAGGGAGCUUCUUCAUCUCCACGGGGAUGAUCACUGCUCACCAGCUCUACAAUUACAUCACUGAUCACGCCAGCACUUACGGCAUGAAGCCCCUCCGCAUGUCUAAGGCUGCAGCCUCCACCGACAACAAGAAAGGAGCGUCUGACCUGCAUGAGUAUGCACUGGUGGCUCUGUGGAACAGUUCGGGCUCCUACAAGGAUCUGGAGGGCCUGCACCACCAUGAUGACUUUGAUGUGUCCCUGGUGGUUUGCCAUAAUGCCGCUCCAUUUGAGGAGCAGUCAGAUGGGGAGAGGCAUCUGCUGAGGUUACGUUUCUAUGUGAUCAUGACCAGUCAGAGAGAGCUCUUCCCCCGCCUCACUGCCGACAUGCGCCGUUUCAAGAAGCUUCCUCAGAUCCACCGCGACCCAGCCGAGCCGGGCGGCCGCCCCCCCGCAGAUCGAGCAGAGGCUGGUGGGUCGCGCGGGGCAGAGCAGGAUCUCUGGGAGGAAACGCCAUCCGAAGCCGCGGCUACCUCCACCCCAAGCGACGGGAACGAGUUUUACCCUCUGGUGGGGAUGACGGGGGGCGGAGCAGAGGGUCACGGGCUGCUCUAUCCCUCCCCUCUCUUUCCCCUGCUCAACAACGAGGUGGCGAUAGCCCGCAGACAGAUCCAGGUGAGCGUGGAGCAGGCCAUGGGUCACUGCCGCAGAGAUAACCUGUGGAGGAGGCUGUUCCACGGAGAACACCUGGACAAGCUGAAGCUCACCAAGCUGUCCUUCAGUGAGCUGGAGGAGCUGCUGGAGGCUGUGCAGAGCCGCUCAGUGGGUGAGAUAGACCCACAACUGGACUGUUUCCUCACCAUGAGUCCAGCUUGGUACCAGAGUCUGAUCAAAGUCCUGCUGAACCGCUUCCCUCAGAGCUGCAGACACUUCGACGACAACGGCAUCCAGUAUCUGGCUGUUUUAAACCAGAAGUUCACAGACUGCUUCGUGUUGGUCUUUCUGGAUACCCAAGCUGGAAAAACAAGCCUAAAAGUAGUGUUUCGGGAGCCGCUGCCAUCACAGCCCCAGGCCAGCAGCAGCCCCCCUCCUCAGCUGGUAUCCAUGUACCAUCACCUAGAGUCUGUCAUCAACACAGCCUGCUAUAACCUCUGGACUGGACUGUUAUAGAGCUGAGUACCGACCUCCAGCUCGUGUCCAUGUGAUUAUUCAGCUUCCCCUGAGGCUACACCACUGACCACUGACUGAGAACAGUGAGAUUAUUUAUGCAAUUCUCUGAACCCAGGACACACAUGGACCCUGAUCUGGAACAACCUGAGACACAUCUGUCUAUUGAAGGAAAACUAAAAAAACAGACUUGAAACCAAACUUGAACAGACAAAGUUGACAUGACUGAACAGUCUCAGAGGAAAUGUUACCCAAUGCACUUUCAAAAUUUCAAAAAUCAUCAUGUAAAUCAUCACUUGCUGAUGCUCCCAGUUUUUUAAAGGAUGGUGUAGAGCUGUUGAAUAGCUUUGAACAGGUUCACUCUCAUUGGUGGGUUUACUUAAGCAUUAUCUCUAUUUUGAAAUAAUGCAGUUUUUAUAAGGCACGCAGAAAUGAGUAAAAAUCCCUUUAGAGAGGUUUGCUAAUGUUAGCGUCUUUAGCUACAGAACAGCUAUAACAUGCACAUUUAAAAUGUAGCACAGAUGCAUUUAAAGUCAAUGGAAAGACAUGAGUAGGUGUAAAGCAUGGAUGUAUAAUAGAGAUACAGUGGAUACAGUGUUACAGUCAGUAAAGGUUAUUUGAUGCAGCACAUUUCACUAAGUGCUCCACAACAGUCAUCAUCAGUCUAACAGUUAUAUGAGAUGACUUUACAUUGGCACAUACAAAGCAAAUAAUACAGGACCUAAUACAGAACCCUGAGGCACACCACAAACACAGAGUAGGAGUUUCAGACAUGUAGGGAACAAAUGAUCCAGAAAGUCUGAGAGAUGAGAGGAGAACCAGUCCAGAACAUUCCCAGACACACCCACCUACUGCCACAGCCAAUCAGGAUGCUCAAACAUCAACUUUCUCUACAUGUUUUAGAUAAAAGGCAGGUUAGAUAAAGGCAUGAACACAUUAACACAUUCAUGUCCCUAAUAUGCAGCUCUUAAAAGAGAAAAUACAAUCAAUAUUUAAAGCAGGGUGUAAGGUAUGACCCUCAUGUCUGUGGGACCAGACACGUUUCAUCAAAUGCUACGAGAAAUGUCACAUACCUGAAUAUUCAAAUACCAGCCAUAAUAACUGUGUCCAACCUAAUGAUUUAGGAUGUUUAAAAAAAAUCACUAUUAUAACUAAGUACCUACUAUAACCAGGAGCUGGGUCAAUUAAAAUACAGUCAGAUGCUAAGGCUAAGAAAUCCACUAAAAUGAGCAGUACCACACCACCAAGUCCUGGUCUCUACUGUGGGAAUGGAACAUGAGAUUAAAGAAGUCCCACAAUACUUUAGGAAAUUCAAAAUAUGGUUGAAACCAGAUUUGUUCAUCUUGGACUGUGUCAUAUGUUCUCACAUGGACUAUUACUGAGCGGGUCAGAGCCAGGGUCACCUGUGUAUAUAUAUGACAUAUUCUUGGACCGGGCCAACACAACAGACACAAACUAUCAAUCAACUUUUCUUUUCCACCUUAUUUUAUCCUCCAGCUAAUGUGUUGCUUUAAUCCACAUUACAGUUCUCACUUCCAGCCAGGUUGUUGAAAUGUUUGGAAACGGGUUGAUGAUAGCGAGCUGACUAGACUAGCCGCUACAGCUAGGCCACACUACUCAUGAUAAUCCCUGUAGUCUUUUUUUAAAAGUUGUGUAACAAACUGCAGCAGCCUUUUUUUUAUGUGAAGCUCCAUUUCUUCCCAAAUUGCUGUGUACAGUUUCUCUGCCCUGUUUUAGAUUCCUUCAGUGUUCAUCGUUCAGGACGCCAAAUUAUCAGCAGAGGAGGUCACUGCUAACAACAGUUUUUGAAAUGAAAUCCUUUGUCCAGUUAAAAGAUGGGGUUAAAAACAACAAAGAUCUAUAAAGUGUAUAGUAGACGUUGGGCUUAAAAUGGAUAAAAAGUGACUUUGUGACAGAGCUUCAGGCAGGCACAGACAAAAUGAAAAAAGAAUGAUACUGAAUGAUUUGUCUCUGAGGUUUGAUCAUGAGCAUGAAGCUCCCCAGCUGAUGGAUCAUAUAUAUCUAAUCACCUGAUGGACAAACACUGACUCACUGAUGCUAAGUCUUCACAUUAAAAUGCAACACAAGUCAUAAGCAGCCAAUAUUUAACACUUCAGGCUUUUACAUAACACAAUUGCACAAGUUUCCUACUCCACAGCUUGAUAAAUAGGUCUGCUUAUCUUGGAUCUUUGUGCCUUCUGCCAGUUAUUCAUACCACAUCAGUGUUUUCAGUGAGUGUGACAGCUCAGAUGUCAUUCUGCAGAGUGGGAAGGCUUUUAUGUUAGAUUGUCAAAAGUGUCAAACCUGCUACCCACUUGAACCCCACUGCCAUAUCUGGUGCCCUCAAGUGCCUUUUCUGGGUUUGUUUUUCCCCUUUUUUUGUUUUUUGUUUUUUUUGGGAGGUUUUGUUUAAGUCUUGAGUCUGUGCAGUGAUACUGUAUGUGUUGUCGUUGUUGUUGUUUCAUCGCCUCUGUCUGCACAGAUCUUUGGAAACACUCACUCCUGAUGUUAUGCAGUGAAAGUGCCUGAGUCAGUUUGGGGAAAUGUAACAAAAAUUGCCUUUCAUAAGCAGGAAAAUGGGUCAUAUUAACUUUGAUGAUUUGCAUAAUGGCUUGCCACAUGUCAUCAGCGACAAGUGUUUCCAAAGCAUGUUGAGGAUGAUGAGUUUGGCUUGUGUUGUGUUCUGAAACAGCGCGGCUUGUAAUCACAGCUCAUUUUAUAUGAGAGCAUAAAAGGCGGCCUCAUACAGGAGUGAAACAAACAUGAAAUACUUUCAUUAAUGACACGAUCAGCCUUAGAUUUCUACAUGUUCUCACUGAAAGGAAACCAAAAAAAUCGUGAAUGUGGAGCUUCUCUGUGGAUGUCAGAGUGAAGAAAUGUGGAGCAGAGCAGAGCAGAGCAGAGCAGGGUGUGAGUGCUCUGACACUUCAGCCUGAAUGUGAAACACUGGAUAUUCAUUGUGCUAAAUGUGAAGUGUAUGAAGUUAGCUUUUUAGCAUUUUGACACUGUAAUAUAAACU